AUGCAAGCUGAAUGCAUUAGGCGAGCAGGAGGAUUCAAGAAAUUGGCAAAUUCAGAAGGGAAAAAGCCAGUGCUACUAUUCUGGGACGGAUUCCAAUGGGUGGCCAAAACCGGAGCAAGCUCUGCAUUGUUAUCGGACCCACGAAUGGUUAAUAGCACUCGGAAGUUGCGGCGAUUGUAUUUUGGCAACCUGCCGUUGCAUCUUGGAUUGACAGAAGCGAAUUUCCAGCAGCAGAUUUUCGAAGAAAUGAGGAGACGGGGCCUAUGUAGUGACCCGAAUGAGAAUCCGGUGUUGUGUGUAUGGUUUGCUAAGGACAAAGGGAAUUACGGCUUUGUGGAAUUUGCUUCGGUUGAGGAGACGGAAAGAGCGUUGACCAUGGAUGGUAUGGAGACUAUGGGUGUAACGAUCAAGAUCUCCCGGCCGAAUGAUUACUGUAGUGCCACCAACCAAUCUGGUGCGCUGCCGACUCAAAUGGUACCUCCUAAUCUCUUGCCUAAGACGAGUGCUGCGGGUGUGAAUCAAAUCAUUGGACAGAUUGCCGACUCGCGGCUAGUCCUAAUGAAACGAAUGGUCCUUGAAAAUGACGUGGAGGACGGUCCAGAGGAGUACUUGGAGGUUCUGGAUGACAUUGUUGAGGGCUGUGCUGGCUGUGGCAAAGUCAUCGGUGCCGCACUCGUGACUCCCGACAUCGGUGCUCAAGAUCACACUGUUGACACUGGCGACGUAUACGUCUUGUUCAGCCACGCACAAGAAGCGGACAAAUGCUACCAGACAAUGUCGCAACGUCAGUAUUUUGGCCGACCAAUUCGCGUCCAGAAGAUUGCGUCUGAAGUGUGGUUUAAUAGAAUUUCGAAACUACCAAACGCCAAACACAUGUCUUAA